CGGUGAGAAGACGUAGGCCUAUUCAAUGUCAACAACACGGCAUGACAUCCAUUUGUCACUCAUAAGCGUUACUAGGCAACCAUCAGCGGGAACGCCUACCGUUCUCUCCGGACGCUGACGACAUGCGGCUUCAAAAGUCGGGACAUUUUCAGAGAUUUACAGCAUUAUUGGUGGUGGACAAACGGACAGAGAAUAUGGUUAACGCUUUUGUUUUGUUCUGUUUUUGCUGGUGUCGUCUGGUUGAUGUGGCCGAUGCAGUGAAGACAAUAUCAGUGGACGAGGGAGAUUCUGUCACUCUAAACUCUGAUGUAACUGAAGUACAGAAAUAUUUGUUGAUUCAGUGGAUGUUCGAGAGCAAAAGAAUAGCUGAAUUUAACAGGAUGACUCAGACUAUCUCAACCUAUGAUACUGCUGAUGGGAGAUUCAAAAACAGACUGAAACUGGAUCAGACUGGAUCUCUGACCAUCACAAACACCACAACCUCAGACUCUGGACUUUAUAAACUUACAAUUGUCAGCGAAGAGACCAAAUAUAAGAGUUUCAAUGUUACUGUCAAUGAAUCUCCACAGACUACAUCAUCACCAGACAGAUCAUCAAGUUCAAAUUUUGUGACAUCCAGCUUUGUGGUAAAUCAAACUGAGAAUAACAACAAUACUGAACUCCAUCAACCAAGUUCAGACAUUCACUGUUGUGGUUUCACUGAAGCUGUGAUUCGAUUGGUUCUCUCUGCUCUGGUGGCCGUGGCUACUGUUGCUGUGCUGGUUUAUGACAUCAGAUCUACAAGAAGUGAGCUGAUCAAUACAGAAGAGACUAAACAUUACCAUCAGACUCUUGAGAAAUCAGACCAACAGUGUGAAUUGAGCAGAAGGUUUAGUUCCAGAUAUGUUGAGAUAUAAAGCAAACUAUACAUCAAUGCUUUGCACCUUUAUUAACAUAUUGUUUUUGCAUUCAUUUGCCAUUUAUUGAUUGGUGAUCUAUUUUUAAUAUAUGACUCUAAACAUAAUUGCUCUAAACAAAAUAAUAAGUAGUAACACAAAUGAUGGCAUAAAAGCAUAAGCUCUCAGUUCUGUUGUAUCCUUUAAAUGAAUCUCACAGAGGAGAUUGGUGCACAUUUUUGACUUUAUUUAAUAAAGAUUUGGUUUUACAAUA